AACUGGGAGGUGGUGUUCAUCGAUUGGUCGAUUUCAUUUAUCCGCAGACAGUAAACGGGUUCGACGGUUCACUUGAACAAUUAAUCCAAUAAUAAUGAAUCUAUUAUCUAAUACCAUUACGACUCUUUGUAUCAUUGGCCUUGGAAUAAGUUUGGUUUGCCUAAGCGAUGGCACAUUGGUUGAGAAAAACUUAGAGGAAAUUUUCCCACAUCGUCUAGGAUUGACAUCCGGCCUCCAUCCAUCCAUCCAGCCUCUUUUCACGGUUGUAAAUGAAUGGAAAUACUUAGAUUUUGAGUAUCCAACCUUCGUCAAAAGGCAACGUGCAAUAUCGAAUGGCGAAUUCGUACCGAAAAAUAACCUGCCCUUAGGCAUUGAUGUGCAUCGAAAUCGACUCUUUAUAACGACACCGCGUUGGCGUGAUGGUGUUCCUGCCAGUCUGAGCACUGUGCCGUAUCCGGCAAUAGAGACGUCUCCAAAUUUACAUCCAUACCCUAACUGGGAGGCGCAUGGAGAUCCCUUUAACCCAGACUGUUCGAAGCUAAUCUCCGUCUACCGGACUGCAAUAGAUUCGUGUCAACGCCUCUGGCUCAUCGACUCCGGCAUUGUAAAUGCCACAAUCAGUCUUCGACAAAUAUGUCCCCCGAAAAUAGUUGCCUUUGAUUUGACUACUGACCAAAUGAUUGUUAGCUACACUCUACCUCAAUCCCAGAUCAAAGAGGAAUCCUUGUACUCUAACAUCGUGGUAGAUGUGCGCGAUAGCUGCGACGACACACAUGCUUUUGUCACCGAUGUUUGGCGGUUUGGCAUUGUUGUCUUCAGCUUAAAGAACAACAGAAGUUGGCGUGUAACCAAUUUUAACUUUUCACCUAACCCAGUUGCAGCCGACUUUAAAGUCUAUGGGCUGAACUUUCAAUGGCUAGACGGAGUUUUUGGGAUGAGUUUGUCAUUCGAUCCGAUAAGUAGACAACGUGUGCUGUACUUCCACCCUAUGGCCAGCUUUAAGGAAUUCAUGGUGUCCACCGAUCUUUUGUUGAACGAGUCCUUAUGGGUGAAUGGCACUCAGGAUGUGGCCCAAUAUUUUUUUCCUAUCGGCGAUCGUGGUUUCAAUGGGCAAUCCUCAACAUCUGGAAUUGCGCGUAAUGGCGUAAUGUUUUACACACAAGUUCAUCGGGACAACAUCGGUUGCUGGGACACUGCCAAGCCCUACAUACGCUCCAACCUGGGAUUACUCCUUGAUGCCCAAAACUCUUCAACUGUAAUUCAGUUCCCCAAUGACUUAAAGGUCGACAACGAGGAAGAUCAGGGUGUUUGGAUCAUGAGCAAUCGCCUUCCUAUUUACUUAUACAGUCAGCUUGAUUAUGGCGAUAUUAAUUUCCGAAUUCUGAGAACUGGAGUCGCCUCACAGGGUGGCCUUCCAGCCAUAUGCGAUCCAAACAACAAGCUCAUAAGCAGAUCAUCAAAAACAGCGAUUGUAUCGAUAGAAGAGGGUCAAUGCUAUUAGAAAAUAAACAAAUAAAUGUAUUCAUAA